AUGUCGACCCGGAAUCGCUUCAAGGCAGAGGUCCCGGUAUCCGCUUUGUCACAAUCCUCAUCACCCUCGUCGUCGUCGGGUCCGAACGGCAACAUGAACAGCAUGCAGAAAGCGCCAUCGUCACCAUGGUAUCCCACCUUCCUUGAGGGCGUCUUGCUGGCCAUCUACCCCUUCACUCUGAUCCUUGGCUCCCUGUUCAGCGUCCUGAACAAGACCACGCGCAACACUCCCUACAGCGGCGACCUUCAGUCUCAUCCUCCAUCCAUCGCUCCCUCGUACUUCGCUCUCAAGUCCAACGUCUUCAACGUCUAUUUCGUAAAGAUUGGCUGGGUUUGGAUCACAGGCGCAUUCUUCCUCUUCUGCUUCACACACAGCUCUCUUGGUCCUCGCUUCCAGCCCACUCUUACACACCGUCGCGUCCGCGCCAUCAUCCGCUACACUGCCGUGACCGCUGUCUGGUGUGCGGUUACCCAAUGGUUCUUCGGUCCUCCCAUCAUCGACCGCGGUUUUAGGUUGACCGGCGGCCAAUGCGAGAUCAUCUACAAGGACGAUCCUGUCAACAACUACAAGCAGAACCAGAUGAGCGAUACCAGAGAAAUCUUGACUCAUGCUGCUUGCAAGAUUGCCGGUGGUGCUUGGAGAGGCGGCCAUGAUAUCAGUGGCCAUGUCUUUAUCCUCAUUCUUGGUUCUGCUAUGCUCUGGCUCGAGAUUCUACCUGCCGUCCUCAAGAAAGGAGGCUUGCGCGAGGACCGUCGUAUCCGCAUGCAUGAUGGCGCUGUCAAGACCGCUGCCGUUGAGACACCUGACAACAAGGGCAAUGUCAAGGUCCCGAAUGAGUUGGGUCUAGGCGUUAGAGUUGCCUUGUGCAUCGCAGGUCUGAGCUGGUGGAUGUUGCUCAUGACUGCUGCAUACUUCCACACUUGGCUGGAAAAGUUCACUGGCUUCCUCGUCGCUUUCAGCGUCAUUUAUGCUGUGUACUUUGUUCCUCGAGGUGCACCUGCUGUCAGAAGCAUUUUGGGAAUGCCAGGUGUAUAG